AUGGAGGGACCGCCUGAUCUAAGCCUCAUCCAUCCUUGUAACUGUCCUCGACCUCCCUCGCACUCAAUGUGCCGGUUCGAGAAACUCAGCCUGCGGGGACAUAAGGUAGACAAGGCAAGGAUGUACUUGAAGACCCACGGUCGUCAAUCUGGUCCCUUCUCCCCCUUCGCCCCUGCUGCCUUUGCCCUGCACCUGAGCGCCAAGCUGUGGCCUCAACCUCCAAAGAAGAGAGAGCCCGAAGUGAAGGGGUGGCCCCCGGACAAAACCGUGGGCCACGCACCCUCUCAAACUUCGGGUUCCCAGAUAACUUUCUUCCUCGUGCCCUGCAACGUCGACUCGACUUAG